UGAAAAAUACAUAUAUAUUAUAUAUCUACCCGAAGAAAUUUACAAGUACUCUUUGUAAUAUUGGAUUGGAUUAGUCAAAUCCAGAGAGUACCAUCAAGGAAAAACGAGGAUGUGGUUAGAGAUCUUCUGCGGUCUGAUAAUAUACAGGUUGUACAGGUGCUUCUUCUCCGACGACGACGACAUUUUGGACGUGGAGACCUCUGAUUCUAAGGCUCUCUUCUCCGUCGGCGAGAGGCUUGUCAAGCUUUAUGGCGGCAAGGUCUAUGCGGGCCUCCGGAUUCCCGAUGCUGAUACCGCUACCCCUCAGAAUAUCGAUUUGGUUCUCGUCUCCAAAGGGGAGGCAGUGGUGAUAGCCGUCAAGAAUUUCUCAGGAUUGAUCUCAGUCAAUCCAGAUGGCAGCUGGGUUUGUGAGGGCUACAGUAAACGCAAAACGGAGCACCAUCCUGAUCCUGUGGCUGAGACUAAAAAACAAGCUUCGAUUCUUGAGUCAUAUCUAGAACAAAGAGGAGUUGCUUUACCAGAAGGAUAUUUGUCUUGCAAAGUAGUACUUUCCAAUCCUAAAGUUUGUACCAUUCAGUCAAGCAAUUUUCCAUCAGAAGUCGUAACCUAUGACCAGUGGGUACAGCUGAAACCAGAACCAAAAAGUAUGUUUUCUGGUUGGAUUAAGGGUGCCUUCCGUGGUGGAAAGAAGGAGAUGCAAGAAUCUAUACAUCAGAAGCUUAAUUUCAUCCUUAGUACGGCUCCAAUGUGGGAUAGGUUGGAGCUCAAAGGUAAUAAGUAUGUUCUUGGGGAGUUUCUGGAAUUUAAGGGUAAGCAGGAAGAUGUCGAGGCUUUGAGAAAUAUCAAAAGAUCAAAAAUUAGCCGCCUUAUUGUCCAAAAGACGAGCAUGCUUGGAUUUGCCCCUUCAAGGCUUCAAGUUUUGUACUCUCCUCGUGACUAUCGUAGCGAAGGACCUUCAGCUUCUGAGUGGAAGGAAGUAAAUGUAAGGUCGAGUACAGAGGUUCUCUUUCAGCCAGAAAGUUCUGAUAAACUCCGCAAGUUUAAGCUCGCUUCGAUUGUUUCUAUGUCACUGAGUGCUUAAAGAUUAUUCCUGCUGAGAUUAUACAUUGCACCACUGCAGGUUGCGACAUGUAGCCUUGAUUGUGUGUGUGUAAAAUACUGAACCCACAUGUUCGGGUACUUGCGGGUAUCCUACCCACUAUUUAUUAAUAUUAAUAUUUGGUGGGGCGGGUAGGUUUAUCUAAACAGUAGUUGUGUAUGUCUUUCAGUUAUGUAUAUGCGGUGAUGUAGAUAUGGAAACUGAAUGACGAACAUAAGAUUACUAUGUUACUGUCUUCAAACUAUUAUGAAUCAUGGGUUAAGUUAAAUUGUUAA